CCCCUUCCCCUGUAUGUGCACACGCAACACCAUGUGGAUUACAAACCCCAAGGCCUUACUUUGAAGUUUUAAGAGUUUUACGCAAGUGAUUUCAUUUCGCGAGGCUGGCGAUCCUUUGCCUAUUUAUGCACGCAUCACGCAGAGAACCGAAGGGCAUUAGGGAGGGAGAGAGAGAGAGGAGUAACGAUGGAUCUGAAUGAAGUCGAGAAGUGGCUUCAGGGAGGAGACGGCGACGACGAGGCGAUGAAGCUGGAGCAAUGGGAGGAGGCGUUGGCUUGUAAAUUCUUCGACGCCUUCACCGUUAAGGGAAUCCAUGUUGAUUUAGUCCAGCGUGGAAGAUUGGUUUGCUCAAUGAAAGUUCCUCCUCGCCUCAUCAACGAUUUGGGUAAUUUUCUACAUAGCGGAGCGGUAACUUCGCUUGUUGACCUGGUGGGAUCUGCGGUGUUCUUUAGUACUGGUUCUCCUAGCUCAGGGGUUUCUAUUGAGAUCUCUGUUUCUUAUUUGCGUCCAGCUUAUCUUCAUGAUGAGAUUGAGAUUGAAGCAAAGGUUUUGCGAAUGGGAAAGAGAGUUGGAGUUGCUAUGGUGGAGCUGAGAGAGAAGAAGACCGGGAAGCUCAUAGCUCAAGGUCGUCAUGCCAAGUAUCUUGCCGUAUCCAGUAAACUUUGAAGUCUGAUCAACAGACCACUGAUCAACUAAUAGCUGAGUAAACAAAUAAAUAUUAUAAUAGAAGUGACCUUUAGAGUGGAGCUCUAAAUUAAGAUAGAUCACUUACCAUUUCGUAUUUUCGUUUGUAUUUGCACUUCGAUCUAUAUUUCUAAUUACGUUUUCUCCCCUUCAUCCUUUGGAAUAAAUCACAUUGUAAAAAUAUCAUUCACACGCUAUUGUACUAGCUUUCUCGCUUGAUGUCUC